AUGGCCAAAGACAACCCAAAGACGCAGCCCAAGAAGACGACACCCAAGAAGUCUCGCUCAGCCAUCUCUGAUGUCGUCGCUCGCGAGUACACCAUCCACCUACACAAGCGAGUUCACGGAGUCGCCUUCAAGAAGCGAGCACCUCGCGCAAUCAAGGAGAUCCGCAAGUUCGCUACCCUGGCUAUGGGCACAUCCGACGUCCGUCUCGACCCCCAGCUGAACAAGAAAGUCUGGGAGAGCGGCAUCAAGGGCGUUCCCUUCCGUCUGCGUGUGCGCAUCAGCCGAAAGCGUAACGACGAGGAAGGCGCCAAGGAGAAGCUGUACAGCUACGUCCAGGCCGUCAACGUCAAGGAGAGCGAGGCCAAGGGUCUACAUACCGUCGUCGUUGAGGAUUCGUAG